UUUCUGGAAGACAAAAUGAAAAACAGCAACUGUACUAAACCCAAUAAGGAAUUAUUUGAACACAGGGUACUGCCUAUUCUUUACAUCUUGGUGUUUAUUAUCGGACUGGUGCUGUAUGUGUGGGGAAUUAAGUCUUUGCUUCGUAACGGGAAGAAACUUCGAGGCAUCGAUAUCCUGGUUAUUAACCUUGGAGUAGCAGACAUGUUGUAUCUGCUUACUCUCCCCUUUCUGAUGGAUUACUAUCUCAAAGGGAAUGACUGGAUCUUUGGAGAAGCUUUCUGCACGAUAACAAGAUUCUGCUUCAAAAUGAACUUAUACUGCAGCAUCGGAUUCCUCACGUGUAUAAGCGUCUACAGGUACCUGGCCAUCGUUUAUCCAUUUGAAGCACUGAGGACAUUAACAGUGACUAACUCUGCAGUAAUCUCAGCCAUGGUAUGGAUUCUGGUGAGUGCUCAAAGUGUUCCAGACAUGUUUUUCCCUAAACAUUCAGGGAACAUGACUAACAAAUGUUAUGAUACAACUGAUUGGGAUAAGGUUGAGGAUUAUUUCCCCUACAGCCUAAGCGUGACAUUCCUUGGAUUCUGCAUCCCUUCUGGCAUCAUCGUUGGCUGCUACGGACAUGUGACUCUUGUUGUCUGCAGCUCAAAUACGGUGAAAACGGAUGUGAAACAACGAAGCUCAAAGCUGCUGGUUUUGCUGAUUCUUUACUUCUCGCUUUGUUUUGCUCCCUAUCAUGUCUUCAAGAACCUCAACCUUUAUUCCAGAGUCCUGAUGAAAGAGGGUACAUGCCCCCCAUGGAAUUCUGGAGUGUUCAUUGCACAUCAGGCCAGUCGUGGUCUUGUGAGCCUGAACAGCGCUCUCAACCCGCUGGUUUACCUCAAUGUAAAUGAGGAUAUGGGAACUCAGCUCAGGCAGCUGCUGCAGGGAAGUCGACAGAUAUCCCGUCGUUUGUUUCAGUCAAAAUCCAGCUCUGAAACACAGACUGAGCAAGAAGUUGAUAGUCCUAGGAAAGAAAGUGCUCUUUUAAAUGAACUGCAUCAUGUGUGAUAUUUUGCAUUAAGCAAAAGUUUGUACAGUUUUGUAUGCUUUGUGUUACUACAACAGGCUUAAUAUUCAGUUCAAUCUGAGAUUGACUCAGAUGAUUGAGGAUGUUGACAGGAGCCAUCUAGCCAGAUGCUAGAAAUUUCAUAAUUAAAUAAGAGAUAAAGCUAAACCAGUUUCACUUUUACUGCUGUAUAACAGAUAAGGAUUAUAAAAUGUGAGAAUGGUGUA